UCCUGUCACUGGCUUAUAUGGACAAGUCAGCCCACUGUCACGUGGACAGCCCCCCCUCCCCCGCCCCUCCAGAUGCUAAAAACAGCUUGGGCACCUCCUCUGAACCUGGGCCUGAAACAAUGUCUUCCACCGAAAAAACCAUAAAGGACACUUGAUCACCCAAUCUUUGGAAUUAUUUCCAGAAGACACUUGCAGAAACCAUUCGGAGCACCCUUUCCCUGGCAGUGCACACAGGGACGGCCAGGAGAUGAGCGCAUCUUUGAAUUAUAAGUCUUUUUCCAAAGAGCAGCAGACCAUGGAUAACUUGGAGAAGCAACUCAUCUGUCCUAUCUGCUUAGAGAUGUUCACGAAGCCCGUGGUUAUUCUUCCCUGUCAGCAUAACCUGUGUAGAAAAUGUGCCAGUGAUAUUUUCCAGGCCUCUAACCCGUAUUUGCCCACGAGAGGAGGUACCACCGUGGCCUCAGGGGGCCGAUUUCGCUGCCCAUCCUGUAGACACGAAGUGGUUCUGGACAGACAUGGGAUAUAUGGCCUUCAGAGGAACCUGCUGGUGGAAAAUAUCAUUGACAUCUACAAGCAGGAAUCCACCAGACCAGAAAAGAAGUCUGACCAGCCCAUGUGUGAGGACCAUGAAGAAGAACGCAUCAAUAUCUACUGUCUGAACUGUGAGGUGCCCACCUGCUCUCUGUGCAAGGUCUUCGGGGCACACAAGGAUUGCCAGGUGGCACCCCUAACGCACGUGUUCCAGAGGCAGAAGUCUGAGCUCAGUGAUGGCAUCGCUGUCCUUGUGGGAAGCAAUGAUCGAGUCCAGGGAGUGAUCAGCCAGCUGGAAGACACCUGUAAAACUAUUGAGGAAUGCUGCAGAAAACAGAAACAGGAACUUUGUGAGAAGUUUGAUUACUUGUAUGGCAUCCUGGAGGAGAGGAAAAAUGAAAUGACGCAAGUCAUUACCCGAACCCAAGAGGAGAAACUGGAACAUGUCCGCGCUCUUAUCAAAAAGUAUUCUGAUCAUUUGGAAAACGUGUCAAAGUUGGUUGAAUCAGGAAUCCAGUUCAUGGAUGAGCCAGAAAUGGCAGUGUUUCUGCAGAAUGCCAAAACCCUGUUACAAAAAAUUUCUGAAGCAUCGAAGGCAUUUCAGAUGGAGAAAAUAGAACAUGGUUAUGAGAACAUGAACCACUUCACAGUCAACCUCAAUAGAGAAGAAAAAAUCAUCCGUGAAAUUGAUUUUUACAGAGAAGAUGAAGAUGAAGAAGAGGGAGAAGGAGAAGAAGAAGGAGAAGGAGGGGAAGGAGAAGGGGAGGAAAUAGAAGUGGAAGAGGUAGAAAAUGUUCGAACAGAGUCAUCAGGAGAAGAUGAAAGUCCGGAGAAAGCCUUGGAGUCCUCUCAGCAGGCCUCAGAGCUCCAGGCUGCCCCAGGGGCACUUCCAGCUUCCUCUCCAGAGUCACCUCCAGCCCUGCCACCUGCUGCAGAUGCCCCAGUGACACAGGGGGAGGUUGUCCCCACUGGCUCUCAGCAGACCACAGAGUCUGAAACUCCAGUCCCUGCAGCAACGGACACUGCGGAUCCCUUGUUUUACCCUAGUUGGUAUAAAGGCCGAACCCGGCAAGCCAGCACCAACCCACCUUCCACCCCAGGGAGCGAAGGUCUGGGACACAUAGGGCCUCCCGGUUCUGAGGACCCGAAUGUGCAGAAGGCAGAAGUGGCAGAAGCCGCAGCUGGUGAGAGGGCAGCAGUGAGUGGUAAGGAAACUAGUUCACCUGCAGCUACUUCUCAGAUUGGAUUUGAGGACCCUCUCCUCCAGGUACAGUCUGCAGCUUCAGGGAGUGGGAAUGGAGCUGAUUCUGAGCCAGCUCGUCAUGUCUUCUCCUUUUCCUGGUUGAACUCCCUGAAUGAAUGAUGUUCAUUCCAGCUGCUGCCCUUGGUCUGCCUGGCUGAGAUGCACACCAGCAGCAGGGAACCUAGAUGAAAUUAAUGUGAUGCAGGUGAUGAAAGGGACCUCUGAACAGGAUUUCUGCAAAAAAACAAA